AUGAAUGUCCUCAUCUACUUAAUUUUUAUGAUUUCUUUGGUGUUCGAGACUUACCAUCAGACUUUCUAAGGACAAAUUAAUUACAAAGAAGAUGAUGAUCAAAGAAAAGUAUACUUAUUUGGAUUAAUAUUUACUGUAUUAUUUAAGGCUGCUCCAAUUGAUGAAUAUGAAGGAGUAGAUGCAUUUGCUUAUUAUCUCAUGAUAUUUAGAAUUGCUGCUGGGGACUUUUCAACAGAUAAUUAUAAGGAUUAAUCACAAUAUUUAGUCAUCCUUACUUGGAUAGUCUGGAUUGUAGCAGUGAUAUCUCUAAACGUUGUAUUCAUGAAUUUCAUCAUCGCAGUAAUUUCAGAGUCAUACGAAAAAGUUAUGCAGAAAAUUGUUGCUGAAUCUUAUAAAGUUAAGGUCCAGAUGAUUAAAGAAAGAGAGCUAUUUUUUAGAGAAUGGCAAGGAUUUAUAAAGGACAUUAAACAAACAGUAAGAACUUCUACUACUAAAUCAAAAAUUGAAUUAAUGCAGAAUUUAGUUCUAUUGUAAAACUCUAUAAAUGAAAAUAGAAACUAUUAAGAAAAAAAGAAUGAAGAGAUAAAGGAGAGAAUUGAGGGUCUGGAGAAAUUUAUGAGAGAAAGCAUGAAUAAAUUGCUUGAAAAUUCAGGAUAAAAAUAACAAGAAAAUUAAUGA